AUGGAGUGGCUGAGGGCAGCGGCGGCGUACCUGUGGAAUUUCCGCUACCUCCCUCUGAAAUACAGAUGGCCACUGAUCAAGCUCCGACGCCGCCUGCUGCCAUCCCAGUCGCCGCUCGGCCUGCGCCGCUCCCUCCGCUACGCGCGCGCCCUUCAGUAUCCUGCACCCGCGAGCCCGGCCCUCUUCGUCCUCGGCCUCUUGUGGCCGUUUCCAACGUGGCAGUUUGCUGCCACGCUUCCGCUGCCACCGCGGCGCAUCGCCGCGGACCCGAAAUCGGUGGACCGACGCGCGCACGACCUACAGCUCCUACGCAUCAUGCCUCUGUGGCGCCACCGCGACACGCCGCUGCGGGCACUGUACCGCAUCUACGAGGCCGUCUGCGCGCGGGACGGAGAUCUCAUCGCGUCCGAGACGCAGUACUUUUGGGGUCAAACGAAUUGGGCAACAGCCGACAUCCCAGAUCCCAGGUGCGCAGACGAGGAGCAAUACGCCGUCCUGGCGGCCACGGCGGAAACUCUUGUCGAAUGCUUCAACUGGAGAAUACAGCUGGGACUGCGGCGCGACGACCCUCUAUUUAUAAAACUUUACAAGGAGCCACUUCCCGCUUCUCCUGAAGCGUAUCCAUCAUGGACAUCGACGGCAGGACCACUCCCGAAGAAAUUGUUACUUGGUGCAAGAAGUGCUUAUGUGGAAAGUCCAUUUCACCGGCGCAACAUUUUCAUAGCUACCGGCGACUUUUACUCUGUAUAA